AUGGUCCUCCGCGAAGACGCCGCCAAAGCAACCUACACCCAGAAAGUCGACUUUGCCAAGCUGCGCUCCGAGCUCCUCUCGGCCGACAGCACCGAGUCCAACACGACGCGCACGGCGCACGAGCGCGUGACAAACGACAUCGCCAAGCUCAGCAGCCGCCUCCGCGACGAGAUCAGCCGCACCCAGGCCAGCGUGCGCCUCGACCUUAACCUGGAAAAGGGCCGCAUCCGCGAGGAGGCCGUCGGCCAGGAGCUCAAGAUCAAGGAGACUGAGACAAAGAUUGAGCAGGAGGUUGCCGCCCUGAGGGAGAAGCUGGAGCAGGUCAAGUUUCAGACCCUGCAGUGGUUGAUGGGUGUUUGCACUGGUUUCGCGGCUCUGUUGCUGGGUGCUUGGAGAUUGCUCAUGUAA